AUGACAGCACCGCUCAAUCUUCACCUUUGUCAGGAAGAUUCGCCAAUUUUUCGGAAGGAAUUGGCGAAUUGUGAGUCUUCAGUUUUUGGUCUAGAGAACACCAUAAAAAAUCUAGUCAAAUUGUCGAGAUCUAGUGUCGAGCUCGCUCAAGAAUAUACCGUAAAACAACUUCAAUUUGCUGAAGAACUUGGAAUUUUUGCGAAGCAACAGCCAGAAUCGAUCAUAAAAACCGUUUUGACAAAAUAUGUAUCGUCUUUACAGGAGGUCGAGAGGAGUCGUCGAAUACUUAGUUCGCACAUUUUUAACAUGUUCAUCGAACCACUGGAGGCUUUUGCAAAAAACGAAAUAUUACCGUUAAAGGACAUCAAAAAAAGUUUCGAGAAAGCCGGAAACGAAGUCGACGCGGCUCUUUCUAAAUACAUGAACAAGCGACCCAAGGAUUCGAUGAUUCGCGAGAUCUUGGCUUUAAUGUUUACGGAAUCGUCGUUUUAUCAUCAAAGUUAUGAAAUUUUGAAGGACUUGGAACCACACAUGAAAGACGUGACAAGACUGCUCCAUGAGGCAAGAGUAAUGUACGAUAACGAUAUUAAAGAGUCACAAAUACUUAAAAAGAAAAUAUUUGAGUCGGCCCAAGAAACUUAUGAUCCACUAAGAUCGGCUAAAAUUAGUAAAAAAUACAACACAGAUUCAGGCUCAAGUGGGAUUAAAAAGUCGGGGUAUCUGUACAUGAAAGGAAAUCAAAGGGUAAUGCAGACUUGGGCUCGUAAAUAUUUCACCAUUUCCGGAGAAUUGUUAAGUUACUGUAGUAAAUCUGGAAAGAUCUCAAAGGAAGAGGAUGAUUCCGCUUCUAUUAAUUUAAGGGUUUGUCACGUGAAAGUUAUAAAUAACUCGGAUAGACGCUUUUGUUUUGAAAUACUCUCUCCAAUGAGGACAUAUGUCUUGCAAGCCGAGAACCAGGCAGACAUGGAAGACUGGAUAUACUGCUUGCAAACUGCGGCCAAGGAAGCAUUGUAUUCAGAGCAAUUACCUAGGAUGAUCUCAGGGGAUACUAGAGAUUCAUCGGUAGAUAACACAUUACUCUCGUUUCAGCAGGAGAAUGGCAACGGCGAGGAUGCAUCGAAGUCACAAGCAGCGAAUGAUCGAUCACAAAAUUCCAAGCAUUCAAUUCACCAGAUAAAGCAAGUGGCGGGCAAUGGACUUUGCGCCGACUGUAAAUUGGAAGACCCGCAAUGGGCAAGUACCAAUUUUGGUACCUUACUGUGUAUCGAGUGUUCCGGCAUUCAUCGUAGUCUUGGUGUGCACGUGAGCAAGGUUAGAUCGUUGAUGCUUGACAAAUGGGAACCCGAAACCGUUGAGGUUAUGUUGAGGUUAGGGAACUCCAAUGCAAAUCAGAUAUUUGAGGCAAAACUUUUGGAAAAGAAGGAUUUAUUAAAUAAAUCUUCAUGGAAAAGAGCCGAAAGGGAGAAAUUCAUCACAGACAAAUAUGUCAAUAAAGAAUACAUUAUUCGGAAGGACGAAGAUAAAGAUAUUGAUAUGAAUGUGGCUUUUUGGGAAGAGAUGAAUAAUUCCAAUUUACAAGGCGCCUUGAAGUAUCUGUCACUUGGCGCUUACGUGGACUGGAAGAAUGAUCAGAGGAAUGGGACCACCGCAUUGCAUCAGGCUAUACGUAGAAGUGAUGAUGUCGCGGUUGAAUUUUUGCUACUUUGGUCUAGCGACAUUAAUGCGGUUGAUGAAGAUGGUUGGAGUGGUCUUCAUCACGCAGCCGCCACGAAUAAUGCGAGACUGUUGUUAAAUUUGAUGAAGAGACACGCCGACAUUAAUCUGAAGGACAAACGUGGAAAGAGACCCGUUGAUGUCGCAUUAGAACUGCAGAAAGUCGAAGCAGUCACGGCAUUGAGAUUGUUCCAGUUUGAGAAUCAACUGACGAGAUCGGAGUAUUCAACUUUUGGUGUUGACGAAGCGUUGACAAGCAUAUCAAAGCCCUAUAAUAGGACCGCGUCGUCAAGCAUAGACCUGAGAAUUAACACCAAUAAGACAUCAACUCGUAGUGCGCCUGCAACUCCGCCACCGUCAUCCAGGGGUCUGCUGGAAGACGAUGACCUGAAUAGUCCAGCAAGGAGUAGCAUGGAUUCAUUCACAUCUCAAGACGGAAUUUCAUCAAAAUUCCCCACGAAUGGACUUAAGCUUCAGACAUUUGGACAAUGGGAAAAUAUCGAACACGAAGAUGGAAUGUAG